UGCUGCUCGGCGGCGCCGGCGCCGGUCCGUGCGACCAUGGGGCGGCGGGCGGCGGGGACGCCGAGGGCCAGGUAGCGGCGGGGCGGCGGGGCCCGCGGGCUCGGCCCGGCAUGUAGACGCCCCGCGGGUGCGCGGCAGCGGCCGGCGUCUGCUUUUCUGGCAGAAGUUCUCGUUUAUCAACUAUGGAAAUGGAACAAGAGAAGAUGAAUGUGAGUAAGGAGCUGAGCCCAGACGCGGCCUCGUACUGCUGCUCAGCAUGUCAUGGGGACGAGGCCUGGAGCUACAGCCGCCCUGUCCGGGGUCGCGCCAAGUCUCGGAGCCUGUCGGCCUCACCUGCCCUGGGCAGCACCAAGGAGUCCAGGAGGACACGCUCUCUCCAUGGGCCCUGCCCAGUGACCACGUUUGGACCAAAGGCCUGUGUGCUACAGAAUCCCCAGACCAUCAUGCACAUUCAGGACCCUGCGAGCCAGAGGUUGACGUGGAACAAGUCUCCAAAGAGCGUGCUUGUCAUCAAGAAGAUCCGGGACGCCAGCCUGCUGCAGCCCUUCAAAGAGCUGUGCGUGUACCUCAUGGAGGAGAACAACAUGAUCGUGUACGUGGAAAAGAAGGUGCUGGAAGACCCUGCCAUAGCUUGCGACGACAACUUUGGGCCUGUGAAGAAGAAGUUCUGCACUUUCCGGGAAGAUUAUGACGACAUUUCCAACCAGAUUGACUUCAUCAUCUGCCUGGGGGGAGACGGGACCCUGCUUUACGCCUCGUCGCUCUUCCAGGGCAGCGUGCCUCCCGUCAUGGCCUUCCACCUGGGCUCCCUGGGCUUCCUGACCCCCUUCACCUUUGAGAACUUCCAGUCCCAAGUGGCUCAGGUGAUAGAAGGGAAUGCAGCUAUUGUUCUUCGGAGCCGGCUGAAGGUCAGGGUGGUGAAGGAGCUCAGAGGCAAGAAGAUGACCGUCCACAAUGGACUCAGUGAAAAUGGCCUGCCAGCCCCAGGCCUGGACCCCGAGGUUGGGAAGCAGGCCAUGCAGUAUCAGGUCUUGAACGAAGUCGUGAUUGACAGAGGCCCCUCCUCAUACCUGUCCAACGUGGACGUCUACCUGGACGGACACCUCAUCACCACAGUGCAGGGCGAUGGAGUCAUUGUGUCCACCCCGACCGGCAGCACAGCGUACGCAGCGGCAGCGGGAGCCUCCAUGAUCCACCCCAACGUGCCGGCUAUCAUGCUCACACCCAUCUGCCCACACUCACUGUCCUUCCGGCCCAUCGUGGUCCCUGCAGGAGUUGAGCUGAAGAUCAUGCUGUCACCAGAAGCUAGGAACACUGCAUGGGUAUCCUUGGAUGGACGGAAGAGGCAGGAGAUCCGCCACGGAGACAGCAUCACCAUCACCACCUCCCGCUACCCGCUGCCCUCCAUCUGUGUGCGAGACCCGGUGAGCGACUGGUUCGAGAGCCUGGCCCAGUGUCUGCACUGGAACGUGAGGAAGAAGCAAGCUCACUUUGCAGAGGAUGAAGAGGACGGGGAGGACAGCUAGCAGCACCGGGCAGUGCCCGGCCUCGCUGUCCCACCACAUCCCACCGCGUCCCACCUGCCGCCUGCAGCAGGGGAGCCCGGUCUGCCUUUUGCCGACCAGAUCAGCUUUUUACCUUUUCUAAUCUGACUCUUUUUCAUUUCUAAAGUACAGUGAGAGCCGUGCUGGGCGCCCUGCAGCCCCCAGCAAGGCUCUUGCGAUUCCAGGUCGGGGACUUUCCAUAUAUCAGUCUUGAGAUUCAGAGGGUUGGAGAGGAUUGAUCUGUCCUUCCGUGUUGAAAUAAAUGCCUCAGCCCAGA